AAGCGUUUGGGUAAGUGUGGGUGCACAGAAACCUCUAGGCUACAUGUCUUUACAUCCCAUAAAUGUCUUUAAUUAAGCUAAAGGUAUUAUCAGCUCCUCUGAGCACUGUUACAGAUUUUUCCAUAAUUACCAUUGGGUGAAUGGGGGCGGUGCAGAGAGAUAGUGAAAGAGAGGGAAAUGGAGAGCGAGCAGAUAUGUAUUGUGGGUGUCUAAUGACAGGGAAAGAGAGAAGAAAUGGGAGUGCAGUGAGUGGGGAGACAUGUGGAGAGAGAGAGAGAUAGGUGCUCAGACAGAAUGAGAAAACCCAGGGAGAAGAGAAGUGCGUUGCAAGGGAACAGAGACUGUGUGACUUCAAAGAAGCCUGUGGCUGCUGACACCGAGCACACUGAUCCUGUGGCCCCUCCUCUACGGGUAAAUAAUCACCAUAAGCCUUGGCUCCAUCUAAUGAAUCCACUGCCAAUGAGCUAAUAUCUGUUAACUAUUCGCUUCAUUAUCACUGCCACAGACCCCCGGAGAGCACCAGGGUGGAGGGCAGGAUGAAUAGCAGCAAGGAGUGAAGGACGAGUGGACAAAGGAAAUCGAAUGACACGGGAAGAGGGAGGGCGAGAAAGCUAGGGGGGAUGAUGAGGAGGGAGGGGAAGGUGAAUUGUAAACGAAGAGAAGGUGUAAGACGGCGAGUGGAAGAAAUAGGUGAUGCACUGUAUACGUAAAGUGGGUGGUAGCUGUAAAGGUGUGAAGGUCGAUUUGGUAUGGGUAUGAAAAAUGGAUGAGUAUGGGAUGGAAAAGGAAUGAAAUCCUCCAUUUGGUGGCGUUUUUCUAUAAAGCUCCUCAUUGUACCUUUAAUGCGUAGCCUAUAUAGGAUAUAGUGGCAGCAACAGAGGGGUGGUGCCAGCACACUUUCUCUGACUGGUGCUCAAACUUUCAGCAACAGGGCCAAAAGACGGCUGCACAAUUAAAAUAUUGCUAUUCAAAGUACCGUUGGCAUUUAAAACCAACAGCUGCUUUCUUUGCAUGGCAGACGCUUUCACCCAUUUCUGGAUUUACAGCGGGCAAGGAGAGGAAAAGAAAAUGAAGCCCCUCCUGUCAUUUUGAAGACAUACAUCCCAACUGUUAAUUUGUUUUUCUUUCCUGGCGGGGAGAACAUUGAUCAUCUUGGGGAAUACGGACGAAAAAUAAGAGGGUGACUGACAGAGGAAUCUGGAAAUGAAACGGAACAGAAGGAACCAAGCAGCACGAUUUAAACUGUGGGACUUAUGGAGAUGUAAUUACAUUGGCUGUAAAACACUUGGGUAUAGGGAUUAGACCUAAACCAGAUAAUGCCUUCGCUAUGCCAGUAUGCACCCUGCUUCAGAGGAAAAUAGGGCAAAAAUGAAUUGGAAGUUAUUCAGUUGAAGGGGAAACAAAUCUCAUCAACAAGUCUGUAAAUAGAUACACGAGAAGCUGUUUCUUCGAGAUUUGAUUUUGCUGACUGCCACUGGAUUUGUAUUUUGGCGUUUAUUAAUGAAUAUGUAUUGAUUUUGGCAUCUGUGCUGGAGUUAAUAUGAGCUCAUCUCAAUUGUAUGUGUGCAGAAACAUACAGCAGAGGGCGUAAGAAUCAUCUAUUUCCACGUAGGCCUAACUCACCACGACAUUAAAACUGCCUGACUCGGAGACACUGUGGAGUAACUUUAUGUCGAGAGACGCUCUUCUGUAGAUAAUAUUUGCAUUAAUAGCGAAUUAACUAAAUAAUGUAAUGCAUCUAUAGAGCUCUCGAUCAAGAUUACUUUGAGGCAAUAUUGAGCGCGAAUGGAGUGAUACUUUCAGAUGUUGGGCGCUUGAACAAAUUAAAAUAACAUGGCCAUCCAGGAGUAUUCCUGUAUAUAAUAAAUCACGUUGUCUUGGAUUAUGUCCUUGCAUGGCAGGAAUCAAAGCAAAAUCCGCGGCGGACUUUAGAUGUUAUCUACGUAAUCACAUUUCUUUUCAAACAGGAAAAAAGCCGUUUUUGGCCAUGUCAACAAGUUGUUCCCAGUCGCCCUCGUGCCGGCGCGGGUCCUAAUUGGUUUUCGGGCAGCAGAGGAGCGGUGACGCCUCUCAGCCUGAUGACAUCACCCAGUCGGACAGUCGCGCGCUCAGAGGCACUAGUUGUUGGGAGUCGCGGGAGCGCGGCAGCACUUCAUUACGUCCAGAGCACCAGCUGUGAGGGAAAUAUUCACCUGUGCGUUGGAAGACACACACACACGGACUCUUUCAUUUCAGCCCACUCCGUUUUAAAGGCGCAGCGAGGGGCAUUACGUGUCUCUGUCGGACUCCUGCUCUGUCCUGAAGACAAACAAGUUUUUGUUUGCCUUUUUUUCCCUCUCACAAAAACUAACCCGCAUCUGAAGGUUUCGAUUUUUUACAUUUUUUUUAACAAUUCUUCCAGAGAAACUGCGUGCCUGGUUUCAUUAAGGAGACCGCAAUCGACCAUGGCGAGACGUGACGCCCGAAAUUGGCACGACUGCUCCAAAAUGAUCGGACCGCUCUGCUUGCUGGCGUCGAUACUUCUUCAACACGGCGUGUCCAGUCAGCGGGUGAAGGUGGAGCCAGAGGUGUUGUCGUAUCCUGGCCAAACUGUCAACCUGCGCUGCGCCUUCACUGAUGCCACUGGGAUUCAGCUCACAAUGGUCACGUGGAUCUACGAGCCGAAGGACGGAGAAAGGAUCAACAUUGCUGUGUUUCACCCCAAGUUUGAGCCCAACUACCCCCUCUCGCCCGUGAAGGGCAGAGUCGGCUUCUCGCCCAGUCCGCCCAACGUGGCCAACCCCUCCAUCGAGAUCACCAAUGUUAGGAUGAACGAUGAGGGGAAGUACAUCUGCGAGUAUGCCACCUACCCCAUAGGCAACGAGCAAGGCAUCACAUACCUGGUCAUGCUGGCGAAGCCCCAGAACUCUGCGUCCAUCGUCACAGUGGAAGCAGGCAGCAAGCCGGUCGUUGUGGCGCGCUGCGAGUCCGUCGACGGCCGCCCCGCUGCCAAGAUCUCCUGGGUGACCGCAGCCAGCGGCAAUGGGACGACGGUGUCCAAGACGGGGGCCGACAACACGGAGACCAUCAGCAGCGAGUACAGCAUGAUUCCCACAGCAGCAGACAACGGAGAAGACCUCAGCUGCGUGGUGGCGCACAGGACCCAGGUCAAACCGGAGAGCUUCCCGCUGAAGCUAGCAGUUCAGUACGCCCCUCUGGUGACGAUAGUGGGUUAUGACAAUAAUUGGUAUGUGGGUCGUACAAAUGUGAUGCUCACCUGCCAGGCUACCGGAAACCCUACUCCAACGACCACCCAGUGGAAGAUGAUGUCAGGAGAGAAGCCCGACACGGUGCAGAUCACAGACAACGUGCUGAAGGUGCUGAAGGUGGACGACGCGGUCAACACCACUUUUGUCUGCGAGGUCAAGAACCGCAUCGGGAUCGGCAGGGAGAAGGUCACGGUCAUUGUUCGAGGUACCCGUCUUCCAGGGAAGGGGGCAACGACCGGCAGCAUCAUAGGAGCCAUCAUCGGAGUCGUCAUCCUCCUGGCCAUCAUUGGAACGGCCAUCGCGAUGUACCGCAAGCACAGUAACAAGAAACUCAACAGGAAUGGUCCGCCCAAGUACAAGCCGCCUCCCCCCAAGAAGACCAACAGCUCCGCUGCCAGACCGAACACAAACCAUGUCCCAGUGGCCGAGGACAGACCUCUGCAGGACCAAUACUACAAUACCCAGAGUGCCGAGCCAGUCACGGACCUGGACGCCGACCAUGACGAUGAUGCUUUUGUUGAAGAUGAGGGGGAGCAUUAUUACGCUGCUGCCCCCUCUGGCUGGGAUGACCCCGGAAACAACGAGGUCCCGCCUCCUUACAUGCGCACAGACAGCGACCCCCAGGACGGCCCCCAGGACGGCCCCCAGGACGGCCCCCAGGACGGCCACCAUGUCAGCCGCGGUGAAAGCUUUGUGUCGUCCGCCAUGUUUGUGUGAGGAAACACGGAGGGGUGUGUGUACAUAUGUGCGUGUGUGUGCGACUGGAGAUGUUUGAACUGCAUGAAUGCAAAGUGUCAGAACGUGUGAAUGGUGUGCUUGGAUAGGAAUGUUCACGUCUGUUCCAAAGACAGAGUUCAGUUUUUCCAUCUUGGUUCAGAAUAUUUAUCCGGGGUCAAGUUACCAGAAUGAUGAGAUAAUCAUCUUCACGUGUGUGUCGCUCCUUUUAAGAAUGUUACCAUUUCUAAGCCACGACCAGCGAGAGCCAGAAGACACCAGAUGUUGCUCACACAGCGAGAGAUAUCAUGAAACUGUUAGUUAAACUGCAGACGCAUCAAACACGAUGCUGUUCUAAACACCAUAUGCUGCGUAUACAUGUCACAUCAUCGUGAAUUACACUGUUGCGUUGCAAUGGCAUGAGCAUGUUUCAACACGGAAAUGACUUUCAUUAUAGAAUGUGGCGCUUUACCACUCGUGGGUACGUGCACGGCUCGUCUGUCCAGACGUACCCGCCGGCUGGUUCUGGUUCACAGACCCAGCCGGCAUGAGGCGGGUGUAAAGCACGCGCCCUGUGGAGAAGCUAUUAGCUGCAGUUAAUCGGGCAGCGCUGAGACUCACAGAUCAUGAUGAGGCUGUAAACAGCAGUCAGGGGGGUUAACUGCAGCAGAAAUACUCUGUUAAUAUUUUAUCUGAAUAGUUUUUUAAAUAUAUAUUUGCAUCUGGCCUUGGCCUUUCUUGUGAAACAUAGGUGGAAGGGAACAUUAGAUCGACUGAGGGAGCGGCCUUCUCGCUGUAACAUUUUACUGUUUUUCUUUUUUUUUAACUUGCGUCCAUCCUUCCUUAAAGCCAUAGUACACACUUCCCAGUUGCUCAAACUACGAGUAGCAACAGUACUGUAUAUUUAGGGGGUUAUCUGUUACUUGAAAACUUUUGUGCCUUUUUUUUAUUUUUCACUUUGUCCACCAGCAUGCUCAAAUGGAUUAGGGUAAAUCUGGAUUAUGUCCAUGAAAUCUGUUGCAAUUCAUCGCUCUAGUGGAGGAUUAAAUGGUUCUUUAGGGGGUUCAAACAGGGUUUGACACAGAGCCUGCUAGUAUACUGAUAUGUCUGUCCAUCAUCAGGGCCGUGGGGUUGAACUGUAAUACUUAUUGUAAAUUGCUUCUACUCCAUCAAGAAACCCAAACUAUGUGUGUGUGUGUGUGUGUGUGUGUGUGUGUGUGUUGGUGCUGUGCCAACUAGUUUAUUUCAUCAAAUAGCUUUGUAAAAAACUUGAUCUAUUUUUUUUCUUUUCCUGAUUUAUGUUGUUUUUAAUCUGUUUUGUUCCUCAUUAAUUAUGUUUGUAAAUUCAUCUUGACAGCUGUUGAUUCAAUAAACACGAUUUAAAUGUG